AUUAAAAUUUACAGUUCAAGGAGGGAUUCGAACCCUAGUCAUCUUCUUCUUCUUCUUCUUCUUCACACAAUACAACAUGGGUCCAACUCCGUUACAGUCAGCAAUGCUAAUGGGUUCACCCUGUUUUCCUAACGCCAUUUCUUGGUCUGAUGACAACCUCAUUGCUGUUGCUUCUGCUCAUUUCGUCACCAUUCUUAGACCAGACAUGCCUAAUGGUCCACGUGGCUUGAUUAAAGUCCUCCCACGUCAGCCUCUUAUUCUAGGGUUUCUACAAAGACAAGAUUUACUGUCUGGGUGCCUCAUGCCUACGUCUUUGUAUCGGGAUGAUAAGCCAGUUGUCCGAUCAAUAUCAUGGUCUCCACUUGGCAUGGCUGCCAACUCAGGGUGCUUGCUAGCUGUUUGCACCUCUGAAGGACACGUGAAGGUUUAUCGCCCGCCUUUUUGUGAUUUUUGUGCUGAAUGGAUCGAGGUCGUGGACAUAACCGAAAGGAUGUAUGAAUAUUUUCAACUUACUGAGUUUCAAGAUACAGGGAUUCCUUCAUCAGAUUUUUCGGAAGUUCCUAGCAUUAGACCGUGUCUGCUGAAAAAGGCUUCAGGUCAAGCAGAUUCUAUCACAUCUAAUGACGAACGGUCGAAAAAAUUGCCUGAGAAUCAAUUCUCGCCACUAAUUAGCGCUGAUGAAUAUGCUUCUCGUAGUGCAAUGCUAUAUUCACUUGUCGUUUCAUGGUCUCCCUUGCUGCGUGUAGCAUCUGAAUUUUAUCCUGAUCCUAAUACAUGUGCUUCGGUCAGUCUUCUUGCUGUCGGAGCGAAGUCUGGUAAAAUUUCUUUUUGGAGAUUUCACCAACCAGAUUGCUAUACUAUUGAAGAGAGAAGAGCCCCAACUGCUGUGAAGUUUGUUGGUUUUCUUCGGGCACACAAUUCAUGGAUCACAACAAUGAGUUGGCUGUUAUUUGCUUACGAAUCUUCAAAUCCUCUAAUAAUACUAGCUACCGGAAGCUCUGAUGGGAGUGUGAAGGUUUGGUUGGGGGACACUGACAAAUUGCUGAAAUCGUCAGAAGUUGAUCAAACUUCCUUCUUGUUAUUGAAGGAGGUUAUAACUGUCAAUGCUGUCCCAGUUUCGGUACUUUCAGUAACUGUGCAUGUUCAAUAUCCCUCCAAGAUGCUCUUAGCCAUAGGCAAAGUUUCUGGUUCCAUUGAGAUAUGGAUAUGCGACAUAUCUUCUAGGGAAUUUGAUAAGCUUGGGUCAUAUGAUGCACAUUAUUAUGGUGUUACUGGAUUAACUUGGGCAUUUGGUGGAAGGUUUUUGUGCAGCUGUAGCCAGGAUAAUUUACUGCGUGGCUGGAUUUUGCACGAGCGCUGCCUAGAGGAAAUCACCAUAUUAUCUGAGAUGCCCCGUAGUAACGAUUCAACCUGCCCUUCAAGAGAUGCAUUUGAUUCAUGUUUUGGUGUAGCCGUGUCCCCUGGAAAUCUUAUCAUUGCAACUGUCCAUUGCUUUGAUGUUGAUAAGUUGAAUCGAAUGUAUGAAGGAAGGAUUCUGAAGGCAGCAAUUGAAUACUUCUGGAUUGGUGGGCUACAAGUGGAUGAUUGGUUGAAAUCUCCAUUUUCAUGUUACAUUGAAGAACUUCCUAGUUUUCCAGAGAAAGAAUUAACUUAUUGGGGAGCCAAUGUCAUAUGGUCUUUAAACCAGUAUCAAUGUCUUGAUAAGCCUCUGAUUUUUUGGGAUAUAAUUGCAGCAUUAUUGGCUUUCAAGGAUAACAAGUCAAAAUAUGUUGAACAUUUAGUGAUCAAAUGGCUCUCGUUAUCAUUUCUUGGAUCUCAUUUGAAUCUUCCUGCUGAAGAAGUGUUAUCACGUGUCAUUUCAAGGUUGUCAGACAUUCCUUCGCGGCUGCUACACUUGCUCAAUAUAAUGUGUAGACGUGUAAUGUUAGCACAGCUGGAUGCUGAUCAGAUAACCAGAAUAAACAGCAAAGUUCAAAACAUAGAAGUGGUAUGUCCUGUCAUUGAAGAGCAAAUGACAAAGUGGAUAGAAAUUCUUUUAGUCAGCGAAAGAGAGCUUCGUGAAAGGCAAAUCGGUUUUAGUUUCUCUGCUGUCAAAACUGCCAUGUCUCAUCUGGAAGAACCUCCAGCUCAACCUGGCCGUUGGUAUCCUGUUGGAUUGGCACAAAUGGAAAAAUGGGUUGCUUUAAAUCAGGAACACGUACGCGACCAGUUGAAAUUCAUUGUAUCAAAAGUUACUCAUGAAAAAAGGUUUGUGACCAAGAGAUGUUCAACGGUGGAGUCAUGCAGUUAUUGUUCAGCACCUGUUCCAUUCGAUUCCCCAGAGUUUGGUUUCUGUCAAAGUGAAAAGUGCACAGGUGGUAAUGUUAAACGUCACAAGUUAUUGAGAUGUGCUGUUUCUAUGGAGGUUUGCCCUAGUAGCCCCCUAUGGUUGUGUGUUUGUUGCCACAGAUAUGUGUUUAGAUUGGCACCAGAAGCACUUUUUAGAAUGUCUUCAUCUAGUCUAGAUUCAGACUCUUCAAAUGGAUCUUCCUCUCGAGCAGUAUCCUCAAAACCGUUGUGCCCCUUUUGUGGGAUACUGCUACAGAGAAAACAACCUGAUUUUCUACUUUCCACUGCACCUGUAUAAGACUGUUGAACUAUUAUUUAUUUAUUUAUUAUAAAAGUGUAUGUUGUAAUUUAAGAGGUUUUGAUGCUUGGAUCACAGCCUUCAUUUAUCACCUUCCUAGCUGCAACAUUAGACCAAUUUGAAUGAGUUUUUGAUUGACUUGAAA